AUGCAAAGAUAUUUUAAAAAGAACAUUAACGUUCUCAUGCAAGAAGGGAAGACAACGAUCACAUUAUUUGAUAUCGUGACAUUUCAACAAAAUGACCGAAAUAAUACAAAAAACGCAGAACUAAAUUCUUUGGAUAAGUCACGAAAAUAUUCUCAACAAUAUGUAUUAGAUAGGGCUCCAUUAACUGUCUGUACAGAUGAAAGUCUGACCCCGGGUCGCCCACCGCGACUUACUCAGAACACUAUAGGCAAGUUCUUGCAGCCACUCACUCGUGAGUUGGUGGAAGUUCCUCCCAGGCCUACAAUAAGUGAGUUGCCCGACGCAGUAAUUGACCGGAUGGUUCAGAAGGACAAAGCAUUCUGGGUGGACAAACCUGGCCUGAACGCUUACACCCUUCAUGAUGCUCACUACAAUUGCGGUAUGACUUCGGAGAAGGUACAGCCUCCUCACCAAGACGUGUUCCCUCGUUCGUAUCAGUACGAUCUGGAAUGUGUGAGGUUUCGUCGUUUACAUGCUUGCGAUGGGUUAAAGGCCGCUGCUAAAGGACCACAGAAGGCAGUAAGUCCACAUUGCCGAGACUGCAGCAAGUGGUUCCAACCGGGUCUGACCCCGUUCCAGCUUGCCUGGGCACAAGAUGCUGUCCAGAAAAGGUGGAGGUACUACCCGGAUCUGACGGCAGACCUUAGCGCCGAACAGAUCAGAGCGUCCAUGGAUGAUGUAGGUCGACCAUUCCAGAACGAAGCCUGUAAUUGGUACUACAAGAACUAUCCAACAGUAAAAUAUAAUUGCAUCAUCCGAAAAUUCUCUCAAUAA